ACGCUCCCGGACAUGAUGUCAGUGGGGUCGCAGUCCUUCUCGCCCGGAGGGCCCAAUGGGAUCAUCCGGAGCCAGUCCUUCGCAGGCUUCAGCGGCCUGCAGGAGAGGCGCUCCAGAUGUAACUCGUUCAUUGAGAAUCCCGUGGCUCUCAAGAAACCUCAGGCCAAACUGAAGAAGAUGCACAACUUAGGGCACAAGAACAGCAACCCCCCCAAAGAGCCCCAGCCCAAGAGGCUGGAAGAGGUCUACCGGGCCUUGAAAAACGGACUGGAUGAGUAUCUGGAGGUUCACCAGACAGAGUUGGACAAAUUGACAGCUCAGUUAAAAGAUAUGAAAAGAAACUCUCGCCUGGGUGUGCUGUAUGAACUAGACAAGCAAAUCAAAACCAUCGAAAGGUACAUGAGGCGCCUGGAGUUCCACAUCAGUAAGGUAGAUGAACUCUACGAAGCUUAUUGUAUCCAAAGGCGCCUCCAAGACGGUGCCAGCAAAAUGAAGCAAGCCUUCGCGUCCUCGCCCGCCAGCAAGGCUGCCCGUGGGAGUCUGUCGGAGAUCAGCCGGAGCUACAAAGAGUACACGGAGAACAUGUGCACCAUUGAAGCCGAGCUGGAGAGUCUGCUGGGGGAAUUCUCCAUCAAGAUGAAAGGUCUGGCUGGUUUUGCCCGCCUCUGCCCGGGGGAUCAGUAUGAGAUCUUCAUGAAGUACGGCCGGCAGAGGUGGAAGCUCAAGGGGAAGAUGGAGGUGAAUGGCAAGCAGAGCUGGGACGGAGAGGAGAUGGUCUUCCUGCCCCUCAUCGCCGGAUUCAUCUCCAUCAAGGUCACCGAGCUCAAGGGGCUGGCCUCUCACCUCCUGGUGGGCAGUGUGACCUGUGAGACCAAAGAACUGUUUGCAGCCAGACCCCAGGUGGUGGCAGUGGACAUCAACGACCUCGGCACUGUCAAACUGAACCUGGAGAUCGCCUGGUACCCAUUCGAUGUGGAGGACGUGACGCCUACCUCGGGGGCUGGGAGCAAGGCGGCUGCCCUGCAGAGGAGAAUGUCCAUGUACAGCCAGGGUACCCCAGAAACACCCACCUUCAAGGAUCACUCUUUCUUUAGAUGGUUGCACCCGGCCCCGGACAAGCCGAGGCGGCUGUCUCUCCUGAGUGCCUUGCACGACACUUUGCUUGCCAAGCUGCGCCGCAGCCGUUCUUUCAGCGACCUGCCCUCCCUCAGCCUGAGACCCGCGGCAGUGCUCGAGCUUUAUUCAAAUCUGCCUGAUGACAUCUUUGAGAAUGGGAAGGUGCCCGAGGAGACGGUGCCCCUCUCCCUCAGCUUCAGGGACCUCCCCAACGGGACCUGCACCCCCUGCCCCUCGGCCGACUCCCCGUCCAGCACAUGCUCAACCAACCCAGAAAUCACCAUCACCCCCGCCGAGCUGCCCCUCUCGCGCCAGGCCUCCCAGAGGGACGAUACCAGCUCCGCGGCUUCCAGCAGCUCCUCGGGAGAAGGCCCCGUGCUCAGACCCCCGCUGCAGGGAGACCCGGAGGCCCCCCGCGCCCCCACGGAGGCCCUGUUUCUCGAGAAGGAGGUCACCGAGGCCCUUCUGCAUGAGUCCGAUGAGGCCUCGGAGCUGAAGCCAGUGGAGCUGGACACUCUGGAGGGCAACAUCACCAAGCAGCUGGUGAAGCGACUCACAUCCGCAGAGGCACCAGCCGUCACCGAGAAGCUGUUCUUCGACGGCUCGGUCAGCGGAGAGUCGGAGGGCUGCCGGUCCUUUCUGGAUGGAAGUCUGGAAGAUGCCUUCAACGGCCUCUUCCUCGCCUUGGAGCCUCACAAGGAGCAGUAUAAGGAGUUUCAGGAGCUGAACCAAGAAGUCAUGCAUCUGGACGAUAUCCUCAAAUGCAAGCCGGCAGGAAGCCCCAGCCGGUCCUCCAGCCUGAGCCUCACGGUGGAAAGUGCUUUAGAAAGCUUUGACUUCCUGAACACCUCGGAUUUUGAUGAGGAGGAAGAGGAUGGCGAGGAAGUCGGUCCCGUGGGCGUCGGUGCAGACUCCGUGUUCUCCGACACGGAGCCGGAGAAAAGCAGCUACCGGUCAGUGCACCCAGAAGCCCGCGGCCACCUCAGCGAAGCGCUGACUGAGGACACAGGUGUGGGCACGAGCGUGGCCGGAAGCCCCCUCCCUCUGACCUCGGGCAAUGAGAGCCUCGACCUCACCAUCGUCAGACACCUGCAGGCCUGCACCCAGCUCGUUCAGCAAAUUGUUUUCUCGAGCAAAACCCCCUUUGUGGCGAGGAAUCUCCUAGAGAAGCUUUCACGGGAGAUCCAAGUGAUGGAGAAACUCGCAGCCAUCAGCGAUGAGCACAUCGGGAACAUCAGCUCGGUCAUCGAAGCCAUCCCAGAAUUUCACAAAAAACUGUCCUUGCUGGCCUUCUGGACCAAGUGCUGUAGCCCGGUGGGGGUGUACCACAGUUCGGCAGAUCGCGUGAUCAGGCAGCUGGAAGCCAGCUUCGCCCGGACUGUCAACAGGGAGUACCCAGGACUCGCAGAACCAGUGUUUCGAACCCUGGUGGCCCAAAUCCUGGACCGGGCAGAGCCUCUUCUCUCCUCCAGCCUGUGCUCGGAGGUCAUCACUGUGUUCCAGUAUUACGGCUACUUCACCAGCCACGGGGUGAGCGACCUGGAGAGUCACCUGAACCAGCUGGCCAAGCAAGUCUCCAUGGUGCAAACCCUGCAAUCGCUACGAGAUGAGAAACUUCUGCAGGCCAUGAGUGACCUGGCCCCCAGCAGUCUCCCGGCCCCUCAGGAAGUGCUCAGGACUCUGGCCCUGCUGUUGACCGGGGACAACAGUGAAGUGUGUGAAGCUGUGAUGCUCCACUUGGCAGCGGCUUCCAGAAACAAGCAUUUCAGGGAAAAGGCCUUGCUCUACUACUGUGAAGCACUAACAAAGACAAACCUGCAGCUCCAAAAGGCAGCGUGCCUGGCCUUGAAGAGUCUGGAGGCUACCGAAAGCAUUAAAAUGCUGGUGACUUUGUGUCAGUCCGAUACUGAAGAGAUCCGAAACGUGGCCUCGGAAACUCUGUUGUCUCUUGGAGAAGAUGGGCGGCUGGCCUACGAACAGCUGGACAAAUUUCCUCGAGACUGUGCUACAGCCGGAGGUCGGCCAGGAACGGAAGUGGCCACAGCCUUCUGAGGAACAAGCUGGCGCGGCCCGACAGCUGCCUCUGUCUGCG